GUCGUCCUCUCCAAUAUGGCAGAAACGAGGCAAAGAGAAACUUCACGGUUGUUUGUCUCUUUCUUUCCCUGUGUUUUACAGUAAAAACUCUGGCUCUUUUUGUUGGAAGUGACACCUCCAGCCCGGCCCCUCCACGCGGUGCCAAGUAGGUCACUCACUCACUGCAGCUCUCAGUUCCAAAGUACGGCGGUUACAAAACUCUCCCCAGAUAAACUUCUCAGAUAUGGACUAGAAAAGCAGGCUGCACCACUACUCCCAUUCAUACCCGACAUGACAGCUGAAAUCUGGGACGUUAUUGUAGUGGGAGCUGGGCUGUCCGGCCUGUCUGCUGCUCAUGUGCUCCGAAAGAGAAAUUCCAAGCUGAAAAUCCUGGUUCUGGAAGGCAAAGAUCGAGUGGGCGGGCGCACGGUAACAUGUGAGAUACCAGCAGCCAGUGGGAAGGACCGCUGGGAUUUCGGAGGACAAUGGGUUGGGAGCACACAGAGCCACGUCCUGGAGCUGAUGGAGGAGCUGGGUCUGGAGACUUACCGACAGUUCAACACGGGGAGGAAGGUGCAGCACAUGGGAGGGCCCCUGGCUAGAGUGCGCUCCUACACCUCCAAUUUCCCCACUCUGUCCCCUCUGGUGCUACUGGACUUCAGCCUCCUCCUCUUCAAGGUUAACAGAUUAUGUGCCACAGUGAACGUUCAUGAGCCCUCCCUCACCCCCAACGCAGAAGAGUUAGACAGUAUGACCAUGCACUCCUUCAUCCAGCAGCACGCCUGGACACAAGAGCUGAAGGAGGAGCUGGGCGUGUGCUCUCGCUCAGUGUGGGGGGUGGAGCCUGCUCAGAUGUCUCUGCUCUUCUUCCUCAUGUCCGCUGCUGCUGCUGGAGGAGUGUUGCCUCUGCUGGAGACCACACCAGGAGCAGCACAGGAGUUCAAGAUUAAAGGGGGCGCCCAGCAGCUGAGCGAGCGCCUGGCCGACCUCGUGGGCAGGGAGAACGUCCGGCUGGGCUGCGCCGUCAGGGCCGUGCGGCAGGACUCAGAGUGGGCUCGUGUUCAGACCUCCAGUGGGACGUUCCUGAGCAGGGCUGUGAUUGUCUCCUGUCCCCCUCAUUUGGCAGCUCAGAUCCAGUACGAGCCCCCACUCCCGAGCCAGAGAGCCUUCCUCACCCAGAGCAUGCCCGUGGGUCACUUGAUUAAGUUCAUCAUCACCUACCCCACGGCCUUCUGGAAGGAUAAAGGAUUUUCCGGGGAGAUAGUGACCGGAGCGUCCACUGGCUGUCCAUUCUGCGUCACGCUCGAUGCCACCAGCCCGUCGGGGAACCCUGCUCUGGUGGGCUUCAUCGCCGGACAGCAGGCCUCGUACUGGACCAACAAAGAGGCGGCGGAGAGAAGAAAAGCCGUGGUUUCCAGUCUGGUGCACUACCUGGGACCUGAAGCUCACUCUUUUAUCCACUAUGAAGACAAGGAUUGGGCCCAGGAGGAGUACAGUGGAGGCUGCCCUGUGAACGUCAUGUCCCCUGGUUCUCUCACUUAUUACCACCCCAGUCUGAGGAGGCCUUGUGGAAGGAUCCACUGGGCUGGCACGGAGACGGCGACCCGCUGGUGUGGCUACAUGAGCGGGGCGGUGCAGUCUGGACAGAGGGCGGCUCUGGAAGUCCUCCACGAGCUCUGCCCCUCUGCCCUGAGCCAGGAGGAGAGGGAGGAGGUGAGGAGGAGCUACGCCGUCAAGGACCCCCCGCCACCGACCCCUCCUCAACACCCCCCUCCAGCCGGGCUCACGCUCCUGAAGGCCGGGGCGGUGCUGGCUGCAGUAUUGGCUCUAAGUGGUGCUGUCCUCCUCAUGAAAAGUCCUGGAACUCUGGACAAAGUCAAACUGUACUUUACGAAUGUGUUUCCAGCACUUGGGAGGUUGUGAGUUAGAGAGAGAAGCAUUGUUAUUCAGAUGAAACAUGUAGAGAAGGACAUACUGAAAAUGACAAAUCCAAAUCCACUUUAUUUACAGAGCACAUUUUACAAACAAAGCCAUUUCCAAAGUGCUGUACAGAAAAUGUGGUCAUACCAGUUCUAAAACAAUAAAACCAGUAAAAAUCAAAUAAAAGCAAAGCCAGAAAAUCAUAAAAUAGCAAUAAAUAAGUAAAAUUCAUUAUUAUUAUUAUUAUUAUUAUUAUUAUAGUUAUAAUCAUUGGAACUUUAUGUUAUAUUUUGGAUAUUUUAAAUGGCUAUGAUGAUGUAAACAACUGAAAAGAAGCAAGUCAUCGGAUUUCCAGGUUGGAAAAUUGCAAAAUCAAUGAGAUAUUAAAAGCUAAUUUGUCUUUGCACCUUUAUAGUACAAAGUUGUAAAGUUCACAGUAGCAAACAGCAGAUUUGUUGGUUUGUUUGUUUGUUUGUUUGUUUUUUAAAAUUUGUGUCAAAAUGGCUAUCACUUGUAUCACUGAUUAAGAAAAUAAAAUUAGAGAUCUAAAUAA